AAAUACAUUAUUGUUUCUCUCUCUCUGACCUUUUAAAUAUAAAAAAAAUUGUUUUUAUUAUUUUAUAAUGAUCUCGUCGUUGCUGCUUGAAUAUGAGGCCACCUGAGGCUUUAUUUUCGAUAUUUCCUUCAAAUGCUACACUAUAUAAUUGAAUUUUCAAACAGACCAACCCAUGAGUGAAUGUCUCUGACUCGCUGAUCGCAGUUCUAUUAUCAUACAUACAGAUUUGUACUCUGUGUGGUCAUUUACGACUGAGUGCUGUGAUAUUUGUGGUAAUAUUGGGGUUGCUGACGCAUUAAUAACUUGCAGCAUAUGUAAAAGAAACACUGAGCAUAUGUAUUGCAUGAAAUUUUUUCUUGAGGAGCACGUCAACGACUGGCGUUGUGAAGAAUGCAUGUCAGGAGUGCAUAAUUCAUCAGUAGUACAUAGAAGUGGUGAGCUGCCUGCAGAGAGUAGAAAGUUACCAAAUGAAUCAAGGGUGGGUGUGGGUGACUGGGAAAAAAUUGUUGCAACUGGGAAGACUAAAUACCUCACUGUCGAAGAAGCUAUCAAGCUCCCAUUAGGACAGAAGCUACCUUAUAAUGCUUUCCACAAAAGAACCCCUCGCCGCAAUAGUGUGAAGUAUAAAUUUGAUUCAACAAUCAAGCCUAGAUUUAUAGAUUUCUCAUCUCUCCAAAAUAUCACUCCGGGACCUUUUCGGUCACUGAAGCCUCGACGACCUGCCAAUGUGGAUAUCCAUAGAAAGCCAAACCUCACAGCAGGGUUUAGAUCACCGAGCAGUCUCCCACCUUCUGAAGCCCUGAAAGACACAAACUUGGUGAAGGAACAGCCUAGUAACCCCGUGACAACAAGAGCAGUGAAGCAGUCAUCUUUACCAUCAGAAAAUACCUCUCCAGGUGCCAUCUCAGGUGGUGAUGGUCAUGAUAAUGCUAUUGAUCGGAGCACUUCUGGUGCUGAGAAUACGAGUGAAAUUUAUUUGCUUGAUUCAGAGAAAGACUCAAGGGUCCCUGCUUUGGAAGCUUCGUGGAAGGGAAGCUUCAGGAUCCUGGACGAUAAUGCACAGAAAGAAAUAAACCAUCUUGUUCGAGCUUAUCCUCCUUUUCAAGUUUAUAAAAAGAUCUUUGAUAUCUCCAAGAAAAUGCCUCAAGUGCUUCAUUUUGAAUUGGUUCCUUCCAAACCAAUUUUGAACAACUUAUUCAAUGACUAUAUUCCAGAUCGAAAUGACAUUGGUUUAUAUUUCUUUCCUGGAGCUGGAGAGAGCUCGGAGGAGGGUAAUAUCUUCCUGGCAGAUCAAAUAAUUUCAACAAACUAUGCAUUGAGGAAACAGAUUGCAGAUGUUGAGCUGUUGGUUUUCAGCUCCAAACUGCUGCAUGCCAAUUGUCAAAGUUGGCAGGGAAAGCACUUCCUAUGGGGAGUAUUCCGCCAUCUUAAACUAAAUGCCACAACAUGCUCAGAGGAUAGAGUUCUUGAGCCGACGGUGCAACCAUCGGAUGGGGUGAAUCACGACCAGGGUCAGGUGCAUGGCAGUGGAGAGGUGGACAUUGAAAUUGACAUGACAGAUGGGGUGAAUCACGACCAGGGUCAGGUGCACGACGGUGGAGAGGUUGACAUGGAAAUCGACAUGAUCGGUGGCAUCAACUUGGGAAAAAUAGAUGUUCCUGUCAAUAAAAAACCUACAGCUUCUUUGGCUUGGCCAGAGUCAGUUGUCCCCUGCCAAACAGUUGCUCCGGUCGCCAAGAUUCCAUCACCGAUUGUUAAAGUAGAAUCUCAUGAUCUCAUUCCUCCUGGAUUUGAGGAGGUGUAUAGGAUGAGAGUUCAGAGUUCAUCACCUCCGGUGGCCGGCAUUUGGAAUCAAGACAUAAACAAGGGAUGAUUGAUGAUGGUUCUUUAUCUUGGAUUAUGGGAUCUGAAAAAAUGUACAUGAUAAGUUUGGGAUUGGGGGAUUGGUGUUAGAUUUUAGAUAUGGAACAGUAUAAAGCCUUUUUCUGCAGCAUUUAGUUAAGUAGUUGAGUUGUGGUGAAUUGAGAUAGCUUUCCAAAUUUGGUUAUUGGUAAAAUCAUUUGUUUAA